AUGUUCCGCCGCCUCUUCGCCAUGGCCGAAUCAGCUUCCAAGCGCAUCAAGACCUCGGGUCCCCUCAUCGGCACCCACAACGGCCACUUCCACGCCGACGAGGCCCUCGCCGUCCACAUGCUCCGUCGCCUCCCCGCCUACCGCGACGCUGGCCUCGUCCGCACCCGCGACCCGGCCGUCCUCGAGACCUGCCACACCGUCGUCGACGUAGGCGGUGAGUACGACCCGGAGCGCCGCCGCUUCGACCACCACCAGCGCGGCUUCGCCACCACCUUCCCCGGCCGCCCGACCAAGCUCUCCAGCGCCGGCCUCGUCUUUAUGCACUUUGGCCGCGCCAUCGUCGCCGAGCGUCUUGGCCAGCCAGAAGACUCGCCCGAUGUUGAGCUUCUGUACAACAAGCUGUACGAGAACUUUGUCGAGGCCCUCGACGCUCACGACAACGGUAUCUCCCUCUACGACCCCGAGGCCAUCGCCGCCGCCGGCAUCGAGAAGCGCUUCAGCAAUGGCGGCUUCGGUCUAGGCGCCGUCGUGGGCCGCCUGAACCCCAACUGGAACGAUCCCGUGCCCGCUGACCGUGCCGAGGCUCAGGCCGCUGAGGAUGCCAAGUUCAACGAGGCGAGCCGCCGCAUCGGCGAGGAGUUUGACCGUGACCUUGACAGCUACGCCGCAUCCUGGCUGCCCGCCCGCUCUAUCGUCGAGCAGGCCUUUGCCAAGCGUUCGCAGUACGAUGAGCAGGGCCGCAUCCUUGUCCUGGAGGGUCAGUCUGUUCCCUGGAAGGACCACCUCUACGCCCUCGAGAACGAGGUCCCUUCGGUGCUCUACGUGCUAUAUGCGGAGAAGCCUGAGCCUGGCGCCAAGUGGCGCAUCCAGUGCGUCCCCGAGAGCAAGGACUCCUUUGUCAGCCGGAAACCGCUGCCCGAGGCCUGGAGGGGCUUCCGCGACGAGGAGCUCGACGGCAUCAGCGGCAUUCCUGGCUGUGUCUUUGUCCAUGCCGCGGGUUUCAUCGGCGGUAACAAGACUUUCGAGGGCGCCAAGCAGAUGGCCACCAAGGCCCUGGAGUAA